AUCACAGUGGCCAUGGGUGAACGCAUCUACCUCAACUUCACCCAUAUGGACAUUUUUUCGCCGGUUAGCCUUCACCCAGUUGAUGACCAACCCCAGACCGUAGAGCGCGCCCUAGCUCUCAGUCGAAACAGCCCCCUCACCUGCACGAACGACUAUGUUGAGGUUCGCGACGGCUACUACUCCGGCUCACCUCUAAUAGCAAUAUGCGGCGGCGAGGUUGUACAGGAGGAGGGCAUCAUUACAAGUCCCAGUUACCCCGAGUUUUACAAACCAAACAAGGAAUGCAUUUGGAAAAUUGUCGUCCCAGUGGGAUUCUCCGUCGCUCUCACAUUCCAGUCCUUUGAUAUAGAAAAACAUGACAACUGCGUCUACGACUAUCUGGAAAUACGCGACGGUCUUGCGGAAACUUCGCCGCUGCUGAAAAAACUAUGUGGAUCUAAUCUGCCAACACCAAUAAAGUCGACAAACAACAUGAUGUAUGUGCGGUUCGUCUCCGACAGCUCAGUUGAAAAACAGGGCUUUACGGCCAAGUUUCAGAAAGAAUUUGACGAGUGCAAGACAACGAAGCAUGGUUGUCAACACAUCUGCGUCAACACUCUGGGUGGUUACAGAUGUCAGUGUGAAAUUGGCUAUGAGCUACACCCAGAUGGGAAAAGAUGUGAAGAUGCGUGUGGUGGUGUUAUAAACGCUGCCAACGGGACAGUUCAAACACCUGGUUACCCCAACGAAUACCCUUCAAAUAAAAACUGCAUCUGGAAGAUCGUCGCCGCUCCAAAAUCAACCAUCUUCCUGAACUUCACGCACUUUGAUCUUGAGGGCAAGAACGUAAGCUUUGGGUGCUUUUCAUUCUAA